CGAUGACGUUUCGCGAAUGUUUUUGUGUGUCGUGCGCGCUCCAAGGAGUUUUUAAGCUUUUGAACCGUGUAUUCUAAGUUAUAUUUUGAUUUCGAACAUUAAAAAAAAGUGCAUUUUAUUCUAAAAAUUUCGGUGAGUUGGUCCUUUAAGGUUCGCGAGAGUGUGUUGUGGAGUGAUAGCAUCUUGUAUCUGUUACAUACAAAAACACGGAAAAAUGUGUGGUGCGCUGUGACACUUGUAUAUGUACCUAUCAUGUAUUGCAAAGGAUCAGAUGUCGAAAGGAAAUAAAGUGAAAAGAAAUGGAUGACAUACUCAAACAGCCAUACAAAGUGAAACAGAAAACUGUGCAUCGCAAACAAUACUUGAAAUGGAUUUAAUCGACGACCUGUCGCCCUUAAGUCCGGGCUUGAUCGACGAGCUGGAGGCGUUCAUGGGUCCCGUGGGCGACGGCUGCUACCCGCAGCAGCCCCUGGACGCGCGCCGGAUAGGGGGUCACCAAUUACCAGAGAGUCCACCAGACUCAGGUUCUGAGAACCCUUACAGCCCAUCGGAGCAAGUACCCCACACAAUCACCGUGUCCCAGACAGUACUCGGCCCAGACUACAUGCUGGUACACGACCACAUAGCCAAUCAUGAGAUCCUACAACCCGAAGGCGAAUAUAUUUAUGAAGAACUGAAAUCUGACAAUUUAGACCAUGAUGUUUUGAGGAGUAACUUGAACGAUGUAGUUGUAUUACCACAGGACCCUAAUAUAGUGGAAUUGGGAAUAAGAACAGUCAGACAGGAUUUAGGAUUGGACCCAUAUCAGAGGUACACUCAGAUGAGGGUGGACAUGCCUGAAUUGGAUCAGGGAAUUAUUAAUCCGCAAAUGGUUGCGUUGGGACAUGAUAGCUUGGCGCCUGUGUACACAAGUCUACAAGAACCGAGUACGAAGAAAAGGAAGCACUCCCAAGAUACCAAUUCGCAAGUUAAGUGUGAACCUGCAGCCCUUUCCCCCGAAAGCGUGGUAAAUGUCCGACCACCCCCCUCGGUGGACGGCUCAGAAGCGGGGGAUGAGCCUCCACUACAAUGCAUACGGUUCGCACCAUUCCAGCAGAACGUCUGGCACACACUGUACGACUGCAAUCUAAAGCCUCUACCACCUCCUUCGUAUGUGGUAGGCGCGGACAAAGGCUUCAACUACUCACAAAUAGACGAAGCUUUCGUGUGCCAGAAGAAGAAUCACUUCCAGGUCACCUGUCAGAUACAGAUGCAGUGCGACCCGCACUACGUGAAGACCAACGAAGGUUUCAAGAAGAUAAACAACUUCUGUCUGCAUUUUUAUGGGGUCAAGGCCGAAGACCCAAGUCAAGAGGUUAGAGUAGAGCAAAGUCAAUCGGACAGAACCAAGAAACCAUUUCACCCUGUGCCGGUCGAUCUACGCAGAGAAGGUGCUAAAAUGACAGUAGGCCGGCUACACUUUGCCGAGACCACAAACAAUAAUAUGAGGAAGAAGGGCAGGCCGAACCCUGACCAGAGGCAUUUCCAAUUGGUUGUGGCUUUGAGAGCUCAUUCGGCACACAAUGACUUCAUUAUUUGUGCUCAGGCUAGUGACAGAAUUAUAGUUAGGGCGUCGAACCCCGGGCAGUUCGAAUCGGAUUGCACUGAGAACUGGUGGCAGCGCGGCGCCUCGGAGAAUUCUGUACACUACCACGGCAGAGUCGGUAUCAAUACGGACCGGCCCGAUGAGGCGUGCGUUGUUAAUGGUAACCUGAAAGUCAUGGGGCAUAUUUUACACCCGUCAGACGCGCGCGCAAAACACAACGUGCGAGAACUCGAUACAGCUCAACAGUUACGAAACGUGCAAAGCAUACGCGUCGUCAAAUUUAACUACGACCCAUCCUUCGCCGAGCACUCCGGUUUACUGGGCUACGACCCCACUGCUCCUUCCCCACAACUAGACACUGGGGUCAUAGCUCAAGAAGUCAGAAGAGUACUGCCGGAAGCCGUAAAAGAAGCCGGCGACGUCACACUGCCUAAUGGAGACACUAUACCCAAGUUCCUUGUGGUUAAUAAGGACCGCAUCUUCAUGGAAAACUUGGGCGCUGUGAAGGAACUGUGUAAAGUCACCGGCAACCUGGAGUCCAGGAUAGACCAAUUGGAGAAGAUCAACAAGAAACUAUGCAAGAUCAGCGUACUACAGCGGAGGGAUAGUUCGAGAUCCAGCGUUAGUAAUGAUUCGCGUUAUUCAGCCGCUUCUAAUUCCUCAAAGUCUCUCUACAGCGAGGGCAACAUAUCCAUAGACCAAAUAAGAGAUAUAGCCCGCAACAUACGUCGGCAUGAGUGUUGCCAUAAAUUGAGCCACAACUCCCCAAAGUACACCCGAAAACAGUGCAAAAACUGCCAUGGCAACUCGAAAUUAGGAAAAUACUACAACUAUAACAAGACUUGCGUCCGAUAUCAUUCGAGUAAAGAAGAUAAAAUUGAGAAUUUGGAGCCUAAAUACGUUGAACAGAAAGUGCCAGAAGAAAACUACAGUACGUUGUCUAAGAAGAAGGAGCCAAGCAUUUGGAUGAGAGAAGAGAAUGAAUUCUCCUAUGGCAAUACUAGAUUGCCUUUCUGCUGUAGAAGGAAAGAUUACAGUGACAGCAGUAGUGAAUUGAUCUCCAAUAAGUUUUUACAGAUCGUUAUUACAAUUUUGAUCUUCAUCAUGGCUGUAUGCCUAGUAGUAAUGUCAGCACUAUAUUUCCGAGAGCAUCAAGAGUUACUCACUAUGAAAGAGACCCGGAUGCACGACAAAUACGCCAACUACCCGCAUUACGGGAAAUUUAACGUGAACAAUGCCCAUCGAACGCCACCAGACCAGAAUCAAAUACAGAAUUUAAAACCUUUACCUCAUGCAACAGCCAAGAAACAAGUAAAAGAAAAAAGUCCGCACAAGACUACGCAAGAGUACAGUACCAUAUCGCCCACAGAACUACCUCACACGAUAGCUACAACACUGCUAGCUUCCAAGAAUUAUGUCAAAAACCUCAUAAGUAACAAUAUAGAACAAACAUCACAAACGCCGCUACUCGAGCGGCCCAUACGACUGUCCCGCAUAUCCGAUGUACUGGGGUCCGGGUGUCCGUUCCCUGCAAAUACGGAUAACGAAUUAGAUGCCGAUUGCCAGUCAUCCUGCGGUCUCGACCAACCUCAAGCUUACGACAACCAAGAGCCUUUAGAGAGGAAAUCCGAUAAAGAAAUAAACGAAACAUUCGCACGCCCACCAGAGCCAACCACAAAAGACAAACAACCCAACAUUCCAUUAAUACUUGAACGCAACAAUUCAGAACCUGUCAAAAGUGACAAUGAUUCGUUUAAAGGAAUACAUGUUGAUAUAAUCGCUGAUUCUAACUUACUGGAUUCGAAUAAACAGAAUUUGUCUGAUAACGCUACUCGAAUGAAGAGGAGUGUUAAAGUGAAUAGAUUAGUUCGUGUAGUGAGACAAACCAAUGAAGCUAUGGGAAAUUCUGAGGAGAUCAGUAUUGGUGAGCAGUCAGAAGAGAUCGCUUCUAAAGAAUGCGAUAAAGUCCACGUCGGCAUAUUAAGCAAGUCCAUAACGAACGGUUCUUUGUUCGCUGAACGCGUUUGUCCUCGCACCGUUUAUAAUCAUACGUAUACACUACCGCUGUCACAUUGUCUGCAUCAGAAGCAUAUUGAUGUGACUUUCAGGUCAUUGAAACUGAAAGAGUUCCAUCGCUGCGAUCUAUACGAUUGUCGUCAUGAUUCGCCGAGCUGUCGCAAACUGGUUUUUACUGAAACGUCUUGGUCUACCACCGUUAGUCUGAAUAUGGGCUGCAAUAUCGACAAAUUACUGAAGAUAAGGGGAUCUUUUAUGCCCUUCGAGGAUAUCUGCAAACUAACACCAGAAGAUAAAAUACCGUUCGUCGAAUACAAUAUACGCGUCUACAGAGAUUGCAACAACUGAAAUAAAAACAAAUUAAAAUAACAUAGGUAGAAUAAUUCCAGCCACACAAAUGAUUCAUGGUAAAAUAUGAUAUUGUACACGUUGACCUUUUUUGUAAGAAAUACGUAUAUAGGUAAUUCCAAAAAAUACAUCUUGGCUAGUGCCAUCUUCACAUUCUCUCAGUUGGUUAAACAUAUAAACACUCUAAUGGUUUGUAUUGAUUUUCAAUAAACGAUAACUAAUUUCAACAUACUAUUGAGAGUUUUAGAACCAGUGAAUUAUAAAAUAAUUUGAAUCUCAUAAAGAAGCGAUUAACCAGUGAAUCUCACAAAAAAUAAAUAUGACAAGGAAAUACUUUUUUCGUUGCUGACAACAUAGUGUUAUGAUUUUAAAAAUUAACUGAUUUUCAAAUGUAGUCAACGAUUCUGAUUUCAUAAUAACAGAUGAUUUUCACGGGUUACUAAUAUAAAUUCCUAUUUUAUUCAGUUUGUAAAUAUAAAGUAGAGGCCAAUCUAUUGGACUGUAUUUCUUUUUAAAAUUCGCACAUUAGAUAUCAAUAAUUUAACGCACUAUAAGUAACAUAACCUAAUAAUUCGUAUAAUUUGAGGUAUCGGCCUUAGAAUGGCGGAUUUAGGAAACGUGGUAAAUUCUUACUUAGUCUGUUUUUAUCAGUUUUCUCAAUAUUUAGCUUAUAAACUGUGUUUUGACUUAAAGUAAUAAAGCAAUUGAGAAAAAUUGAUAGCUUGUGGAAAUCUGGCAUACGCCGGUUGAGAGAAGGCAUCUAAUAAUUAUAUUAUCCCAAAAAGUGCAAUUAAUAUAACAUUUCCGUCCUACGUGAUUUUAAAAUAAAAUUUUUACAGAUUUAUUCAAGAAAAGAAAAGAGAUUUAUGUAAAACGAUUUUUUUUACUUUUAACCAAAAUGGUGGCAGAUUCUUUGCCACCAUUAUUUGUAUCUGUUAUUUAUUAUAUUGUUUCCGGGUAUUGAUUGACUGUAGUUCGACGUCACUAUUGUAAUAAUUGUAAUCACAAAUGUGUAUCACAAACUUCUUUUUGAAUAAAUAUUUUCGUAAUGUAAGUGACGUAAGCAAAACUACUAUUUUUUAUGAAUUAUUAUUAAACGUAUUUACAGCUUUAUUUUAUGUUAAUCGAUUUAUUUAGGUAGCUACACAAAAUUUUUUUAGUUACGAAUACUCAGUAAGAUUUAUUUUUUAUUUUUUUAAGGCCAUGACAAUGAGCCAUAUUUUUUAAUUAUGAAUAUAAAUUGUUUAAGGCUAGGGAACUGUUACAACAAUGUUAUUUGAAAUAGUUAUUAGUAAAUAUAUGUUUAAUUAAAUAUGUAGGUAUAUUUUCGAUAUUAAAAGCGCGUGCGUGCAUUUCAUUUUACAAUUAUUAUAAACUUGGAAUAUGAAGAUAUUGAAAUAUAUACACUAGGUAUUUAUAGUGUAAAAUGUCAAUGUAACGCUGAGAUAUAACAAUUUCAGUGUUUUGUUAAAUUAAUAAAUUAAAAAGAAAAUUGAACAAUACAUAGAAAAUUCUGUCAUAUAAUAAAAUUGUCUUUUGAAUUAAUUUGAAAAAAAUAUCCGACUUACAUAAAUUACCUAAGACUAAUUUAUUUAUUUAAAAUUAUAUUUGUGACUGCUAUUUGAGAGUAGUUUAAAUAAUAUUCCAAUUAGAUGGUAUUGAGAAGGGGUGCAAUAAGCAUUGUUAAAGCUUACGAUUGUGAAAUUAGCUGUUUGAAAUAUAUACCUAAGUACUUAUAGUUUUGAAUAAAAAAGAGAUGAGCAGAAGUCGAUGUAACGUAAAAAAAAAGUUCUAGUCAACAUUUGACUAUAAAAUUUUGCAAUUUAUUUAUUAUAUAUUUGGUACCAGGACGAUUUUAUUUUUAUUUAUUUUAUUCCGCCCACAGCUAACUUUAUAGCCGUAAUCUUUAAUUAGUAUUAUACGAGGUACAUUAAAACCUGUUUUGAAGCAUAUCAACACUAACAUUCCAAGCCAGUACUUAAUUACUUUUAAGGAUUUUUUUAUAGGUAGGUACGAUAAUUUUAUUUUGAUUUUUCCAAUGAUAAAUAACGUCAUGUAUAAUUAUGAUAAUAGUUUUAUUAUUUCUAGUUUCUUUUUCCAUCAAUAUUAUUUGUAUAUUAGUUUUGUUAAAGUAUUAUAAAUGAAUUUAGCGUUAAACAUGAAACCCCAGCCAUAAGCGUGAAUAAUAAAUUUUAUUUAAGGAUUUUCAUUUGGUUUUUCCCUUAUUGAUAUGAGAGCGUACUUUGUUUAGGUUUAACUCAGAAGAAGUUUGUUAAAAAUACUCUACGCAGUUUACCUUUUUGAUUUAGGAACACGUUAUCUUGCCAUCCAUAAUCUUUCAUAAAUUAUGAUAAAAACAUAUGAAUAAUAAAAAAGAAACAUACAGGUUUGACUUAUUUAAGGCAUUUAGCCGCAAAAACACUUAUAUUGUAAGUUGUAGUUAAUUGAAAACGUCAAUAGUGCAAUUGGAAUUAAUUUCGCUCGCUUUCACAAAAAAUCUUGUUGACUGAUUUUUAUUAAUCCCCAAAAAUGCGGGAAUAAAGUAGUUUUUUCUGAACAUAAAUAUUAAUUUAUGUUCUGAACUAAAAUUCCUCAUAUUUAACAACAUACCUAUUGUCUAUACGUGUACAUGUUUUUUUUAUAAUUUUCUUAAACUGAAAAUCUGUUGUUUUUUUUUUACUUUUCAGCGUUUAUUGUAACGUUUAUUCGUCCAAGAUUAUAAACAUCACAAAACUGUCAAUUUUACAAUAAUAUUACGAUCAAUUCCUUACAUAAUGGAUAUUAAAUAAUUCUUGAAGUAGUUUGAUAAUGGAUCUAGUGAAUAUAAAGUAGUAAAUAUUGAGUAGUAUUUAUAAAUCAAUUUAAUAUUAUAUACAUUACAUUUAAAUUUAUUAUUACUAUGUAGUUGAUAAAUUACAUUAUUAUAAUUAUGUAGCAAUACUGUAUGUCCACAAAAUUUUAUUUUUAAGAGAUAUCGAAUUAAAAUGUAGUAAAACCUA